GACACCAUGUGAGACGCUGGCCGGGGGCAGCAGCAGCCCGCCGUGAAGACAGAUGGGGUGAGAGUCAGCUCCAGCUGUCAGCGCGGCUUCAGCCCUGCCCCUGCCCGCGCCCCUCCUCCGCCGCGCGUCUCUCCCCCUGGCCUCGGGCAAACCAUGGCGUCCAGCGAGGAGGACGGGGCCGGCAGCGGCUCGCUGGAGGAGAAGGAGAAGGGCAGGAAGAGGCGCCUGGGCGCAUUGGCCACAGCUUGGCUCAUCGGCUACAACAUCGCCAUGACCGCCGGGUGGCUGGUAUUGGCUAUUGCCAUGGCACGAUUUUACAUGCAGAAAGGAACAUACAAAGGCUUAUACAAAACUGUUCAAAAGACACUUAAAUUUUUCCAGACAUUUGCUGUGCUUGAGAAGAAUUCUGAUCUGGAUAAGAUGUUGCAUGUGAAACUGAGGUUUGGUUUUGAAGCUGAAGAGCAAGGUAGUCCACUGUGCAGUUGGAAUAGUUCGCACCUCUGUGCUUGUGACUGGGGUCCAAGUGAGUUCAAGAAUCUUCAUGGUGUGGUUUAUAACACACAGUAUAAAACAGAAAUCCCAGGAGGUUUUCAGCCUUCAGGCACAGAAGUCUAUUACCAAAUUCCUCCCCCUUUAAAGAAAAUAAUUAAAUCACUUGUGUGUAAUUCUUCUUCUCAGAAGGUAUUAUUUGUAAAAGACCCCAACCAUCAUCUUUGCACAGUUGGGGAUCCCCCCUUCCCCUAAAGGAUCUGAUGUUUUGAAGCAGCAGGUAGAUGUGCUACUUCCUGAUGAGGCAGUUUAAUGACUCAGAACUUGAAUCUUUAAAACACUGCAGAUGAGUAUAUUCACUCACAGCUCUUGAUCCUCUCACUACUCCUCCUUCAAUGAUUGACCCACUCCCAACUGCCUAACUGUCCUGCAAACUCCUGAGCACUCCAACCUGAUCUCCUGCUACCAGGUUUCACUUUGUAGCCCAUGGAACACACUGAACAAAAUGGAAUUGUCUAGAGUAUCAGGGAGACAUUAGUAAGCAGGCAUGGAGGAAGCAACUACAGACAUGGGCUAGACAGACAAGAAGACAGACAAGACAAAGAGUGGUGUAAUGUGAUAUUUAUCCAGUCUAAAAUGGAAGAGAAACAUUAUACAUAGUAUUUUGAGAUAAAGAAAGCGAGAGAAUAUAAACACAAGCAAAUAGACCAAAAUUCAGAAGAAAGAGCAAAUUGAAAGGGCAGAUGCAGGGUAAACAAAAGAAGGAAUUAAAUCAACUAAAUAGUUCAGUGUUUUGAUGUAUUUACAAUGGUUAGUCACUUUGUACUGCACAGUUAGCAAAAUUUCAGUAUGUUGGUGAGUAUCUGUAAUAGAAAAGUUAACAUGAUGGUGACUACAGCUGCUGAUUAUUGAUACCCAAGUUUUCCUUCUUCUCAAAUUCUUAGUUCUAUUCCAAAUGUCUUAAGUGGAAGUCUAUUGCCGCUUGCAUAGAAAAGAAGUUUAAGGGUGAAGAAAAUGUUGGUUCUUUAUACUUUCACAGAUCCAGAAUGAGGAGAGCGUUAUUCUUUUUCUGGUCGUUUGGACUGUGACAGAGAUUACACGAUAUUCCUUCUACACAUUCAACCUGCUCAACC